CAUUUCACAUUUCCCCCCUUUCACAUUAACCCCGCCCCCCCUUUCUCUCGUCACCACCUCCUCUCUCCCUCUCUCCGAUUGCCGGCGAUUUCAGCCUUCUCCCGCCCUCCCCGCCGUCGCCGCCCCCUUUCCGGCGACCUCUUCUCCCGCCAUCACAUUUGAGGUGUUUUCAGCUUUUAGGUUUGUGCACAAUAUUACAAUAUUUGAGAAGACUGCAGGAUUCCAGGCUCUAGUGCAUUUUCGAUGCGAGAAGCGCUACUUCAGCAAAGGAUGCCCUGGAUGGAAGAAGCAUUCCCAGAUGACAGGUGAUAAAAGGAGCAAGGGUAUUGCUACUGCCCCAAAGAAACAUAAAAAGAGUAGUAGGGCUUUGUGGAAAGAGCCAGGUCCCGCGGUGACUAGAGAUAGAAGCCCGUCGCCAUAUCUACCACCACGGGGCGCUCCAUUACCUCAUCCACCACGCGGGGCUUCAUUACCUUAUCCACCACGGGGCGCUCCAUUACCUUAUGAUUCUAUGAUGAUCGGCAUGGGCUAUACUCAACCAUCUCCGUUUAAUUAUGUGGAUCCCCAUGUUUCUCCACAUCAGGGAUUCACUGAGGCACCUCCCUUUACACCUGGUUAUGAUACCCCACAGGGCUUCAGUCAAUUGCCUACCGGAUCUCAGCGGGCGGCGUCUAGCGGUACUCCGACGGCUACUCCAAGCCCGACUGUAUCACAUCAUUCUUCAGCAUCUACUGCACGGUUUGGGGUAGACGGUCUUCACCUUGGAGGUAGUAGCUCUGAGCCCGACAAUCGUACCACAGAUGAAAACUUACCUGCAGGUGGUGUGGUUGCUCCACUGCUGGAGCAUUAUGAUGCCAGUGGGCGCCUGAUCAUCGAGCCUGUGGGAUAUAGUUUUUUACCGGACAAAGCUUCAAGAAUUCUUUCGCGGACGAUACAGGGUUGUUUCACGGACUCGCCGACUUGGGGCAAGGUGGAACCAGACCAGAAGAGACAGAUCUAUCUAACCUUUAAGAGAAAGUGUUUCUGGCUCCCGGAACAUGAAGCUCAUGUCGCCCAAAACUUCGAGAAGAAAGCAGGGCAGCUGCUAAAGGGUGCAUUAGCAAGGGUCCGUGAAGAACAAGCAAAGCCUGAUUGGAUCCGUCCUGAGGCCUAUAACAAGCUAUUGCAGUACUGGGCGUCCGAUGAAUUUAAGAAACAAAGUGAAAAAGGGAAGCUGGCCAGAAAUUCUACAAAGGGUGGCGGCUCACUACACACUUUAGUGGGGCUAAGAGCCAAGCGGCUGUGAGGAAGGAGCUGGAACUCAAAGAAAAGAGGAUAUUGCCUCAAGAUGAGGCAUUCAGAAUCACUCACGUGAAGAAGAAGAAAAACAGUGAAGAACCAGACGAAUGGGUCGAGGAACGGGCUAAGCAGUCCUACGUAAGUUUAAUUGAAUUUCUUUUUCUAAAACAGAAGCUUCUACUUUUCAUGUGCUUUUAUCAAGCCAGGAUUUUACCCUUUGGUGUGCAGUAUAUCUAUUGCUUUUAUCUCUUCACUUUCUCUAAUUGGUUCCAUAUGAAUAUAUGAAAAAGAGAAGAAAACUAUUUAUAUAUAGUAGUAGUACUACUGCAAAUUACAAUUUGCAGCUUUUGUCAGUGGAUAUAAGUGAACAUAUAAGGAAAGAUGUUUUCUUAAAUUGCUAAUAUAUAUCAGUACCGAAGUUCAACUCAACUCUAAUAAGAACUUCAGUACCUGAAGAAGGAGAAAAGAAAAAGAAAAUGAAAACAAGACUAGGACAAAAUAAAAGCUUCAAUACGAAUCACAAAAAUUCUCUCUUCCUCUACUUGCUGUCACAGAUAGAGGCUGCUUAAAAGAUAUUGUACAUGUAAACUAGGGAGAGUUC